AUGGGUCUCUGCUUCAGCACCCCCAGAAGCCACAUGUUCAUGAGCCCAGCACCCCGCAUCCGCCCUGUACCCAUGUAUCCGAUGUCGGGCGGUAUGCGUAUGCAUCAUAGCUACGGAGGUUACGGGGGAUAUGGAGGAUACGGCGGAGGGAGAAUGGGAAUGGGGGGAUAUGGCGGGCCGCCGCGAAUGGGAGCGCGUUAUGGCGGUGGUGGAGGUGGUGGUGGAUUUGGAGGUCGCGGGAUAAUCAAAACGUCCUGGUUGGAGUUUAAGAUGGCUUUGGUCGGACAAAAUGCUUCUAGUGAGAUUACUGCGAAGAUUUAUAAAUGUAUGAUUAGAGUGCAAAGCAAAGAUCCUUCGAAAAGAAAAAGAGGCCGGAUGCUAUCAGCCAUCAUCGCCGCUCUCGCGGGCAAUGUCGCCAUAAUCCAUGGCCAUACUCAUAGUCAUCCCCACGAUCAUAUCCAUAGCCAUACCGUCUACAAACGUGCUACAGCUCCAGCAGCUUAUUGCUCCAACUCAGAUGGAACCUAUAACCUCUCCUCUAUCACUGCGCCGGUCGAAGGUGCUGGAUCCACUGGUGCCCAAAUAAAAUGGGAUCUUACAAUUGAUGAUACAUCCUCCGGAUACAAGCAGACUAUCACUGGAUUUGGUGCUGCAGUAACUGAUGCUACUGUCAGCUCCUUCAACAGUCUGUCAAGCGAUACCCUUAGCGAGCUCCUCAAUCUCUUGAUGACCCCCGAGGGUGCCAACUUCAGUCUCAUGCGGCACAGCAUUGGUGCAUCUGACUUGUCCGCCGACCCUGCGUACACGUACGACGACAAUGAAGGGAAAAUAGAUAGGCAUCUGGCAAACUUCAACCUCGGGGAUCGGGGUAAUGCGAUGGCCGAGAUGCUGGCGCGGAUGAAGAAACUACAACCGGGCUUGACAGUGCUUGGUACACCGUGGAGUGCUCCUGGAUGGAUGAAACUCAACGGAGUGAUCACUGACAGCGCAAAGGAUAAUAACUUGAACGACGGCUUUCUUAUAGAUGAUCCCGGAUACCCCAGUGAGUUUGCGCGGUACUUUGUGAAGUACAUCCAGGCAUACGAAGCCUUGGGUGCUACUAUUGAUGCCAUUACUAUCCAGAACGAGCCCCUUAAUAGUCAAGCUGGUUAUCCUACUAUGUAUAUGUACGAUUCUGAGGCAGCAAAUUUGAUUCAGUACUACGUGGGACCUGCUCUCGCUGCAGCCGGCUUAGAUACGGCCAUUUGGGCCUAUGACCAUAACACAGAUGUCACUACUUUCCCUCAAACUGUUUUGGAGUUUGCUAGCGAAUACGUGGACACUGUGGCGUGGCAUUGCUACGCCGACCCUCUGGAUUGGUCUGUUUUGACAGAUUUCAAGAAUUGCAACCCAAACGUCACCCAAUACAUGACUGAAUGCUGGACCCCAUCAUUUGGAGAAUGGUACCAAGCUUCCAGCUUCGUCGUCGGACCACUCAAUAACUGGGCUUCGGGAGCUAUGGCAUGGACACUUGCUACAAACAGUUCCGAUGGCCCCUCCUUUACGACCGGUGGGUGUAGUGAAUGUACUGGAUUAGUUGUCAUCAACGAUGAUGGCACUUAUACUUUGCAAACUGCAUAUUAUAUGCUUGCUCAGUAUAGCGCGUUCAUCCCCUCCGGCGCUACCAUUUUGCAUGGUUCAGGAAGUUAUACAUAUGCCGACGGUGGUAUAGAAUCUGUUGCCUCGUUGAAUCCGGAUGGUACUCGCACCGUGGUUAUCCAAAAUACUCUCGCCCAUGAUGUCUAUGUUACUCUGACUACAGCUAGUGGCGAGAAAUGGGGUGGUGAUGUCCCAAAAGAAUCCGUUGUAACGUGGGUAUUGCCCGAGGCAAACUAA